GGAUUUACAUCUUAUAUCCGGUUAGUAAUAUGAUGAAAUAUUCGACUACUAGUAAUAACUACUUAUAAUAUUCAAAAUUGAUGUAAACUAUUUAUUCAAUCUAUACACCCCUUUGUUGUUGUUGUGCAUUACAAACGUUAGAUAUUAAAAUACUACAUAUCUAGAAUUAGUUCCUUGAAAAAAAACACUUAUAAAAGAGUCAUAGACAGAUAUAUUUAAUAUUGGUAUACAACUAUUAUAGUUAUUCAUUAUUAAGUUGUGAUAAAAUGAAGAGAUUAUUCCAAAAUUUGUUAUUAUGCAUAUUAUACUGUAUGUAUUUAAACUUCUGUUAUGCUGAUUCACAUGGUGAAAAAUUGAGUAAAUCUGAGUUUGAUAUAUGUGUUCAAGAAUGUGGUAAUCAAUAUGAAGAAUGUUCUAAAGCAAUACGUGAAUUAUGGAGAAAUUUUCAAAAAAAUAAAAAACAAAUUAUGAAAGUUAUGAAUAGUUGUUGUUUACGUGGUCAAGGUGAUCAUUCACAACCAUCAACAUUAAGUUUUGCUACAUGUGUACGUGAUAGAUGUGGUGCAGAAUUAUGGGGAUGUAACAUUAAGAAACGUCAUAGUGGUUUUCUAACUGAACAAGAAAUUGAAUAUAUCAAACAAAAAGAAUCUCGCCAAAAAAAGAAAAAUUUCACAGUAAAGUAAAAGAAUCCUCAAAUAGAAAAGAAAACAAUAUGUAAUGACUUUCAGUUAAUAAAUACAUUCUAAUUGUAACUGUAAUAUUUCCAUUUUUCAAUUACAAUAUUAUUCGAUGCAUAAAUUUGCAGAAAAUAUGUAUUUACUUUUGCAUUAAACAAAAAUAGAAAACUGUUAUCAUUUCUAUUUUUUACUAAUCGUUAAUGUCGCUUAUUUUCUUGUUAGUUACAUGUGUUUCGUCAAGAAAGCCUUGUGAAUAACCCAUUCCCAUCAACAUAUUAUGUAUGAAAAGAAACUAGAAGAAUUAGAGUCAACAAUCCAUGCUUUUGUGUUCAUAAGAAAUUUAUGAUAUCUUUAUCUCUCCCUUGGCGUUAAUAAAUGAUUUUAUUUCUAUUUUUACGGCAAGAAUGUAAUUUAUAGACGAACCAAUCAGAUUUAGGAUAACCGGUCUUGGAUUUUGGCGCGAAAUUCGUUCACCCA